CCCCAACUGCUUAAACAGAUAAAAAUUCGACAACUUGCAAGACUGGCAGAUGAGCAGAAAGUUCUGCGCUUCCUUAUUGAUAUUCGAGAAUGUCGAGCAGACAGCUUCGAAAGCUGCAACAGCAGAAAGAGCUGGAGCAGGCAAAACUACAAGCAGAAGCAGAGGAGGAUUCAGAAGAAGAACCAGAUUUUCUACCGCAGAAAGCAAAACCCAGCCUAUUUGCUAGCCUAGCUGCUCUCGAGGAUGAAGGUGAAGGGGAUGAGGAUGAGGACGAGCAGGAGGCUGAAAGCGCAAAGGAAGACCUGAGCGAACCAGAGCCAAGCCCCGCCCCCGCACCGAAGGCAAAGAAGUCCAAGAAGAAGAAGAAAGCAAAGAACAAGGCGAAGGCAGCGCCGGUCGACAAGCAAGAAAACGAGGACGAAAUUGAGGCGGCACUACAAGAGCUCAAUCUGAAGAAACCUUCCGGCGACUCCCAGGGGCAAGAUACGGCACCCUCAUUCGAUCCUGAAUACGAAAGGGUAUGCGCCUUGCUAGGUAUUCAAAAACAGCACCUCAAGGUGGCAAAUGAGAUGCGAAAUCUGUUUGGGAAGACAGCUAUAGAAAAUCAUGACGAUGCUGGAGGCCCAAUUGGUCGAGGAGCCAGGAGAAGACAGAGAGGGCAGAACCAAAUGGUGGACCUCGGGACGGCCCUCAAAGGACAUCACCCUCCUGGAAAAGGCCUUUCGGCGCUUACACUACGACACAACUGUCUCAUACAAGGGAAAGAUGAUUGGCCUAAAGGGACUACUGGUGGGCUCACGAUGGAAGUCGUUGAUGAUAUGAGAUUGGUCGAUGGAACGGUAGAAUUUAGAUAUGUACACGAUAAGACAUAUCAAUCUCUGCAGCAGGCGUUUCAUGGAUACGUGGAAAUGGGAGAUCCUCAGAACUUGAUAGGGCUCCUGACGAGAAAUCCCUACCACAUCUCUCUCCUCCUUCAAGUCAGCAUUAUUGCCAAAGACCAAGGUGAUCAUGCAGUGGCAUCAGAUCUCGUUGAGCGAGCCCUGUUCACCUUUGGCCGAGCAGCUUCGUCCCUAUUCAGCACGAAGCUAGCAGAAGGCAAGGCCCGUUUAGAUUUCCACCGACCAGAGAAUCGAGAGCUCUGGCUCGCUGGAUACCAAUACAUCAAAAGUCUUGUUAUGAAGGGAACGUACAGAACAGCAUUCGAAUGGGCUAAGCUCUUGCUAAGUCUAGAUCCGGAAGGAGACCCAUAUUGCAUGCGUCUUAUGAUUCAUCAUCUUGCACUUCGAGCCCAUCAAUUCAAGUGGCUGCUAGAUAUCUGCGAUCCUCAGAACGAGACUGAGGGGAAAGAGCCUCUCAUUAAGAUGAACAACUCUGGAGCGUACCGUGAUCACAAUGCCCCAUCACUGGCAUUGGCAGCUCAGCAGCUUGGAGAUGGCAAGAAGAGCAGGGAGAUCUUGACUAAAGCUAUGCAACAAGUACCUUGGCUCUUUGUCCGCCUCUUCACCGAACUCAACCUGGACGCACCUAGUUCAAUCUGGGGCGCCCUCCCACGAAGCAGCCCGGAAGAAUUGUUCACUUCUUUGUAUGUCAAACAAACCAAAGACCUCUGGAACACUCCGGAAGCCACAGCACUAUUGAUGGAAAUUGCCCACACGAUCCCCAAAGUUGAUACGGACGCCAUUCCUAAACUUGGCAACGAUGAAAUGACACGCGAUGUGGUGCGCUUUAUAUACUUGGAUAAUACACCUGCACUCAUGUCCCUGGUACCUUCGGCUAUACUACACAGAAGCAAUAACUCAGAUAGCGAUCCCCUCCCACCGGACAACAACGUUAUCUCCUACGAGUCGCAGCGUAUUGCUCUCCAAGAACGAGAGGCUCCUUGGAAUGACCUGGAUGUAUUCAACAAUCCCCUUGCCGCUCUGAGACAACUCAUCCCUAUAUUGCCGAGAUUUCGGGGGGAGGAUGGGGAUGCAGAUGCAGAGGCUCCUGAUGAGGAGGGAGAGGAGGAGGAGGAGGCGGAGGAGGGGACACGGGAAGCUCCCUCUAUAGCAAGAAACUUCUUGAAUCUGCUUUGGCGGCGGACGACGGGGGUGGAGGAGCAUUCGGACGAGCAUCUGGAGGAGUAUCUGGAGGAGCAUAGUCAUAGUGAUGCCCAGGUGCCAGACCUGGAGGGGCAUUCUGACGAUGAGUUGCCUGAUUCAGCGGGACAUUAGGCUUUACAGGUAAGGAGGAUACAGUAGAUAUAGAGACCCCGCCCAAUAAAACCCCCCUAUUGCCAAC